AUGGAGCACAACCACCUCCACCUCCACAACGGCUCGCUCCUGGCGCACCACCGCUAUGGCUGCGGCUUGGGAUACGCACCUGUCGUCUACUACAGCCUGCUGCUUUGCCUCGGGCUGCCGGCAAACAUCUUGACAGUCAUCAUCCUCUCGCAGCUUGUAGCUCGCAGGCAGAAGUCCUCCUAUAAUUACCUUCUAGCUCUAGCUGCUGCCGACAUCCUGGUUCUCUUCUUCAUCGUCUUUGUUGACUUCCUCAUGGAAGACUUCAUCUUAAACAAACAGAUGCCUCAGGUACUGGACAAAAUAAUCGAGGUUUUGGAGUUUUCUUCCAUCCACACGUCGAUUUGGAUCACGGUCCCGCUGACCAUCGACCGCUACAUCGCCGUGUGCCACCCCCUCAGGUACCACACGGUCUCCUACCCCGCCCGCACCCGCAAGGUCAUCGUCAGCGUCUAUGUCACCUGCUUCCUGACCAGCAUCCCCUACUACUGGUGGCCCAACAUCUGGAUUGAAGACUACAUCAGCACGUCCAUGCACCACGUCCUCAUCUGGGUGCACUGCUUCACUGUGUACCUGGUGCCCUGCUCCAUCUUCUUCAUCCUGAACUCCAUCAUCGUGUACAAGCUGCGGCGAAAGAGCAAUUUCCGCCUGCGAGGGUACUCCACGGGGAAAACAACAGCCAUCUUGUUUACUAUAACUUCUAUUUUUGCCAUACUGUGGGCACCAAGAAUAAUCAUGAUCUUGUAUCACCUCUACGUGUCUCCUAUAAACAACAGCUGGCUGGUCCAUAUUGUGUCGGACAUCGCCAAUAUGCUGGCGCUGCUGAACACUGCAAUUAAUUUCUUCCUCUACUGUUUUAUUAGCAAAAGAUUUCGCACAAUGGCAGCUGCCACCUUGAAAGCCUUCUUUAAGUGUCAGAAGCAACCUGUGCAGUUCUAUACAAACCAUAACUUUUCCAUAACAAGCAGCCCUUGGAUUUCCCCAGCCAACUCUCACUGCAUCAAAAUGCUUGUUUACCAGUAUGAUAAGAAUGGGAAGCCUAUAAAAAUAUCACCAUGAAAAGGCCAAUAGUUGGAGUUUCUGGGCACAAGUUCCUUUCAAGUGGUUACAUCUUCAGGAUGUAAUUUUCUGAAAUGGCUGUUUUGAAGAGAGGUCAUUUGAUUUCAUUUCCCUGGGCAGCCAGGGGCAGAUCAGACUGUCGGGAGGAAACAGGAGCACUUGAUUUUAGGAGCAAAAGUGAGAGGGCAAACACCUCCAUCUCUUAUAUAGCAUUUCGAAUAUGCUUCAGAGUUCAAGUCUUAGUGUUCAGUCACACUCAAAUGUUUUGCAUCCCAACACCAGUGCAAUCCAAAGUCAUCAGAAGGGCAAAGCCACAGCAGUGUUUAAUUACAACCUUUUAAAACACAA